AUAUAUAAUUUGCAUAUUUAUAAAAAGAAAUAGUUGCGAAAACAGCUGCAUCUACAAUUGAAAAUGUUGAGUGAGCACUGAUUUCUUAAAUAUUUUCGAAAUCAUUUAAGAUAAGAAACUUAGUUGGAACGAAACGUUCAGAAUACGAAACCUACAUUCUUUCAGCAAGUUUUAUUAUAUAGAAUUAAAAAUAUUGUGAAGAUAUUAACAAUGUUUAUUUUGUGUUACCUAUUAAUUACAUCAAUCAGUUUUUGGUAUCUCCUCGUAUUGAAUAAACAUUUUCGUAAGAUUAAAGUUAUAACGAACGAACCUACAAAAACAGUAAAAUUUUAUGAGCAAGCACCUGGACCUUUGCCUUGGCCAAUACUUGGUAAUCUAAAUUUGUUAGCUUCCCAAAAGGCAAGUGCAGAAUUAUUUACUGAUCUUUCUAAAAAAUUUGGAAACAUAUACUCAUUAACACUGGGGCCUACCAAAUGUAUCGUCGUAAAUAAUUUGGAAUUGAUCAAAGAAGUACUUAAUCAAAAUGGAAAGUUUUUCGGAGGACGGCCAAAUUUCAUGAGAUACCACAAAUUGUUUGGAGGAGAUAGAAACAAUUCUCUAGCUCUUUGUGAUUGGUCAAUUCUGCAAAAACGGAGACGCAAUCUAGCGAGAAGACAUUGUUCACCACGGGAUACAUCUCCUUAUUAUAUAAAAAUGUCAAAUAUAGGUUGUUCAGAGGUUAAUAUUCUGAUUAAAAAGCUUAGUGAAUCAAAUAAUGACAAUAAACAUAUACCGAUAAAGUCAUUUGUUCAACGAGCUUGUGCAAAUAUGUUCUUUCAAUACAUGUGUUCCAUGCGUUUUGAAUAUAACGAUCCCGAGUUUUGUGAAGUAGUUGAAUAUUUCGACGAAAUCUUCUGGGAAAUAAAUCAAGGAUAUGCGGUUGACUUCUUACCUUGGCUGGCGCCAUUCUAUAAAAACCACAUGAAUAAAUUAAUGCAUUGGUCAUCGACUAUACGUAGUUUUAUAUUGAAACGUAUUAUAAAUAAAAGAGAGGAGUUGAAUUAUCAACAAGAAGAUGAUUUUACGGAUGCUUUGCUCAAUAGCCUCACGGAAGAUAAAAAUGUUUUAAGCGACACUAUAAUGUUUAUGUUAGAAGAUUUUAUUGGAGGACACUCAGCAGUUGGAAAUUUAGUUAUGCUUACUCUGAUAUAUUUGAUAAAACACCCCAAUGUUGCCAAAAAAAUUCAAUUCGAGACAGAUUCCGUUUCAUGUAACGGACAGCGAACAAUCAGUUUUAAUGAUAUCGAAAAUAUGCCAUACACGAUGGCCACAAUCCUUGAGGUUUUAAGAUGUUCGUCCUCGCCGAUAGUCCCACAUGUAGCAACAGAAGAUACUGCAAUAUGUGGUUAUGGUGUUGCAAAAGACACUAUUGUUUUUAUUAACAAUCACAAUUUAAACCACAAUAAGUUGUACUGGAAAAAGCCUAACAGUUUCCAACCGGAAAGGUUUUUGGAACACUCCAAUGCGAAAAACGAGGUGCAACCAACGUCGAAUGAAAUAAGGAAUUGUGAAAAUUCGUUAACCGAAGAAGCUUCCAGCAACAUAAAUGGAUUAAUAACCAAAAAGAAAAGCCAGUUUCUACAGAUAAGAAAAAAUAUGCCAUAUUUCUUACCAUUCAGUAUUGGGAAAAGAACAUGUAUUGGGCAAAAUUUAGUACGUGGUUUUGGUUUUAUUUUAGUAGCUAAUUUAUUGAGGCACUUUGAUAUUCAUUACGAAAAUGUAAAUAAUAUAGAAAUAAAUAUGGGAUGUAUUGCGCUUCCGGCAAAACCAAUUCCAAUAGUUUUAGUAAAAAGGAAUAAAAGCAUUUAAAAAUCUUACUAUUUAUGAAAUGUAUGCUUAUAAGUAUGUCGGUUAUCAUAUUGUUUUAAGUUAUUUUUUCAAUACAGUUUCUAUAUAGUAAUAAUAAUAUAAUGUCUGCAUGUAUA